AUGUCUAUAGAAAUGCUAAGAAUUCAGAGUGGAGGAGCUAUCCCUACCCCCCGCCCAACCGGCCGCAGGUCGCGCAAGCCCGGCGUUGACCGAAAACCUCGCCAGGCCUACAGUGCUAAGCAGCUGGAGCGGCUAGAGGCAGAGUUCAAGGUGGACAAGUACCUGAGUGUGUCGAAGCGCCUCGAGCUGUCGCAGGCGCUCAACCUGACGGAGACGCAGAUCAAGACGUGGUUCCAGAAUCGGAGGACCAAGUGGAAGAAGCAGAUGGCCGCCCGCAUGAGGCUGGCCCAACGGCAAGGUCUUCUGCCGCCCCACCUCUAUCCGGCUCUCCCGCCCAUCCCGCCCAUUCUCGGUCCCUACUACCCGCUCACGCCGCACACUCACGCCCAUAUCGUGCCCCCGCCUCCCCUUCUUACGCCGAUGUCCCCGCCGGACCCGCCCUUCUCGUCAGCCCACGAUCCGCCCACGGCUUGA